CCCAACAAACGUUGUACAUUUCCUUCGUUGAUGUACAGUGCUGUUUUGUAUAGGCUUGUAUGUGGCCAAUCUACACUGACCUACUUCACUAACUAUGUCUUUAUUAUCAGUGUAAGUCUGUCGGUUUCCUGUCGCUCCACAGGGAAGUUAUUUACUACGUACAACAGGGAAGUACAACUGCAGGUCUAAACAGGUAGAUCUACGCAAUGCCGCAGUGAUGGGCGUAUCCAGAGCAGAUAUUUGUUGAUAUUAUUAACUAGUCAGCAGCAUGGUCAAAUUCAGCCGAACAUUUGACUUUAAGUUUUGAUCAAACUUUUACAAUGUCCGCAGGAAAGUGACAGAUUUAUCAGCAAAGCUAGAGGGAAGUUCAACAUCUGAUUGUGAAUCCCAGGGCUGGAUAAAUAUGGACAAUGAUACGUGAACCUUCUGAUGCGUGGAACGGUAAACCUGGAUUCAUCAUCACAGUAACCCUGUGGCAUCAGUGAUCGUGAGGUAGUUAUAUAUCCUGCAGUGUUUUACAUUACUAUAAGUUUAACAAACAUAUACUACUGGAUGGGACAUUCAAGUCAAGUUUUCAUUUUUAACAUAACAAACUCUAAUUUGUGAGUGUUUACUGAUAACAAUAUGUUUAUACAAGAACAAUAAACAUCUUCAAGACUUCAACAAACAAAAAUAGUUUUUUUUUAUGAAAAUGGCAUCCCCUAUUAGCCAAAUACCUCUCCGUAAUAAAGGUCAAACGACAUGCAUUCACCACAAGGGGAGAAAACUAGAAUUUUAUUGUGAAAAGUGUCAGGAACCGGUUUGUCCAAAAUGCUUUUCUUCUAUUCACAAAACCCAUCCAGUUAGUGACCUAAGUGAAAUCACUCCCCAGAAAGCACUAGACAUUAAAAACUUUAUAGACAGAACAGAAAAAAAUGACCUUGUGCAAAUUGGAAAAUACAUCAACUCUACUGAUACGCUCCUUAAAGACAACACCAGUACAUUUGAGAAGCUGUCACAAAAGUUAAAAUUGCAAACAGAUAAAUUAAAACAAGAGCUGGAUAUGCUUACAGAACAGACACUCUCUCUUUACCACAAAAUGGAAGAGGAUAAUACCAAACUGAUAAAUAAAUACAAACAGGACCUGGAGAUGUACGAGAAGCAACUCAAACAACAAGUUCAAGAAUGUAAAGCAGCUCUCCAGCGUGGUUCACACAUACAGAUUUAUGAUACAUAUUGUGAGAUCCAGUCUCCUACACACAGUCUUCCUGUAAAACCUGUCUUGGGUACUGCCAACUUCACUCCAAAUGAAAAUCCUCAAGAUCACUUGAAAAAAGCCUUGGGAAAAGUUACCACCUCAGGUCAAGGUCAAACUUUAACUGACCAGGAUCGGUCAGUCUCAACAUCUGAUGAUCAGGGACAACCCUCUACACAACAACAACAGUCAGGAGCAAAAGGGAAGAAAGCAGUGACAACAUACAAACUACUGCCACAGACCAAGGUAGUGGAGGAGUGGGACCCUCCAUUUAUCAUUGGUUCUAUAUGUCCCACCACUGAUGGUCAGGUGUGGACCAGGGACUGGUACACACUAACUCUCCUGGACAGGAAUGGUAAAGAAAUACAGAAGGUCAAACACAAUGUCGGGAUCAGUGACAUCAGUCUGUCACCCACCACACACACACUGUGGCUCUGUGAUCAUAAAAACAACAUCAUGGAGCUGGUAUCAGGACGACUGACUCACAGAUUCAGUACCAAGGAGUUUCCCAGGUGUAUAUGUAUUACAGCCAGUAACCAUGUCAUUGUAGGGAUGACCAAACACAUCUCCAAAUUUACCACAGAUGGUAAAAUGGUGUGUACUACAAUGGCUAAGGGGACUGGGAAACCAUUAGUGUGUACACCAAACAGUAUCACAGAGUGUCCUGUCACUCACAAUGUGGCAGUCACUGAUUUCAGUAGUGAAAGUGAUGGUGGUGAUGAAAACAUACAUGUUGUUGUGAUGGACACUGAUUUCAAGGAACUGUUUGUGUAUAGAGGUGACAUCCCCAGUACAUAUAAACCAACACCACACACAGGAGGUAAACCAUUUAACCCCUGGGAUGUGGUGUAUGACAGUGUGGGGAACCUGAUCAUAGGGGACUGUAUCAACCACAGGGUCCUACUCAUCAGUGGAGGUGGUGAGUUCCUCAGGGUCAUACACACAGACACAGACUGUACAGUGGCUGUAGGUAUAGACAGGGAGGAUGUCCUGUGGGCAUUGUUUGGGUAUAACAAAGUCAAACUACUACAGUACAGCAGUGUGUGACACCUGUAACCAAACAACUAGUAUAUCUAGUUACCAUGACAAUGACAUGGAAAUCAGAGACAAAGGAAACUUAUCAUGAUUACAAACCAACUACAGAUUGUGUGACAUUCACAGGAUUAUAAGUAAAAUGUCUAGACUACAGAUUGUGAGACAUUCACA